AUGGGAAUUACUAAUAUUCUUUGCCAAGCUUUGCAACAACAUUCUCAGGAUCUUUUAAAUGCCAUGCAUUUAGUUUCAACUACAAAAUCACUUAUUCAAAAGUUGAGAGAUGAUGAAUGGAAGCGUUUACUUGCUAGUGUUACAUCAUUUUGUGGACAACAUGAAAUUGAUAUUCCUGAUUUAAAUGCUUGUUACACUAAAGCUCGAGGAAGAUACCGUCAUCAAGAUGAAGUUUUGACAACAAUAGAACAUUAUUUAAGAAUUGACAUAUUUACAGUCGCAAUAGAUUUUCAAUUGCAAGAAUUGAAUAGUAGAUUUUAUGAGCUAACAACAAAUCUUCUCCCUCUUAGUUCAGCAUUAAAGUCUAAGGAUGCUUUUAGAUCAUUCAAAAUUCGUGAUAUUUGCAAUUUGGCUGAAAAUUAUUAUCCUCAAAAUUUCACUAAGCAGGAAAUUCAUCUUUUGAAGCAUCAAUUGCAACAUUAUGAGCUUGAUGUGACAAAGUAUCUAGAUUUUCAGAAUAUGUAG